AUGGAAUGCGACGGGGAGGAGGGCUGUAUACUGGUUGAGUGCGCCAUCUGCCGUUGUCGACUUGCGACACCCGAGGCGUUAUGCAGCCAUGUCUAUGAAGCACACGGACACGAUACGCCAUGUGGGCGCCGAAUUUUCGCGUCAAAAUAUGAGUUCCAGGGAUGGCUAGAUCGGGUAGACGGAGAUCGAACCGAAUAUGCCGGCAUGCUUGACAUUGCACCCCACAUUUCGGCAGUUGAUACGGAAUACUAUCUAUUGUGUGGACAUUCUGCAAUCGGCGCCCAAAAAAAAAGAAAGCUGGAUGGCUUAGACAGCAAUUCUGAUUCGGAACUCGAUAUGGCGCCCUCACCGUCAGUAAGAUGCACAGCAUUUAUCCACGUGUACGAAAGAGUCGACGGAUCCUUUGAGACGGUUUACUGCUUCACACACUGUGCGCAUCCUUCUUCUUUUCGUAGAAAAAUUAACAACAAAACUUUGAAGCGAACAUCAAGCAUGAUGGGCUUCCAGAAUGACGAAACGGAGGAACGGCUGCCGUGUAAUUCUUCCCCUGAUUCCGACGAUGCACAUGAUAUACACUCCAACGCCAUUACAGCCGAAGUGAGCAUCUACGACCAUGAAUUGACGCGGUAUGAUCUAAGCAUCGUGAAUUCACACAUUACGGCACGACUCGAUUCGACAGCGGCACGCCUCAAAACAUUGACAACGGUGCUGGCAAAACUGGCCGUUGACGUUCAGAAGUGUGAGCUCUCUCGUCAUAUCCAAGUG